AUGAAGCUAGGACUGAGCACUUUGAUCUGGCUUCUGCCGUCGAUCGUGGACGCUCUGACAUUCGAGGCACCAAGCUCGUCAUGGGAAGUUGGAGAUAGCACCACUGUCAACUGGUCGACCUCUGCGGGAGAUCCUCCGUCGUUCGCACUACAGAUCUACGAGAUAUACUACAAUCAGCUAUAUACAAUCUCCAACGACACUGCCACCUCAUUGGAAACCCUCAUGUUCACUGUUCCAGUCGUGUCUCAAGGAGGCGCAUGGACGCUGCGCGCUGCCAACCAAAGUGAUUUCACGCAGGCGCCGUAUGCUGAGAGUGGAACGUUUGGCAUAUGGGCUAUCUAA